AUGCGCGGCCUGCGAAGCCCUCCCCUGUACUCGCCGCCGUUGUCUCCGAGCUGGCCCCCCUCGCCGACCUCGUUCAACCGCCGCCGCACCCUCCCUCUCUUUGGCGCCUGCCUGUGCCUCUUCGUCUUCUUCAACAGCCUCUUCAAGGCGCCGACCGCCGGCACAACGCGCUGGUCGCAGUUGUUCUCGGCCUCGUCGGCCGUGCCGACAGCGACCCUCGGCGCCGACCUCUCGUUCUCCGACUACCUCGACGCGCAUUGGCCGCUCGACGCCAAGGGCCAGCAGCACGAGCACCUGUGGAUCACGCUCGCCGACGGCCUGUUCGCCAAGACGGGCGCCGCCAACCUCGACGGCUUCAUCCGCCAGCUCAACGUCGAGCGCCGCCAGAAGUACGGCCGCAAGGUCAAGGACACGUUCCUCAUCACGCUGUGUCUCGACGAGGUGUGUGUCGAGGAGUGCGCCGAGCGAGGCAUGCACGCGUACGGCGGGUUCGAGCGGCAACGACCCGAGCAGAUCUUCCUGAUCGAGGCGCUGCCCGAGCGCGACCUCUUCUUCGUCGAUGCCGAUGUUUCGUUCGCUCAAGACCCGUACCCGCACAUGGAGCCGCUCAUACCCAAGUACGACCUGCUCGCGCAAGAGAACGACGCCUUCGAGCACUUCAACACCGGCUGGCUGUGGAUGCGCAAGGGCCAGGCCGUCGCCGACGCAUGGCGCAAGGUGCUCGAGAUGGACAUGGUGCAGGUCUCGCGCGACCAGAUCAACUUCAACUGGGUUCUCGACACGGGUCCUCGUCGCCUUCAUAAUGACAGCGCGCCGUGGCAGCGACCUCUCGAGUCGGACUUUGUCGCCCAAAACGGCCUGCGCGUGCACGUCCUCGACCAGCGCCAAUUCCGCGUGUACCACCAGCGCAAGGACGCCUGGGUCUCGAGGCACGACAGCACGUUCCUUCACAUGACGUGCGCCGACGAUGCGUGGGUCAAGCUCUUCGUCCCCAAGGUCGAGGGCUUCUGGACCGACCUCGACGGGUACUACUCGUCGCCGCCACAGCUCCUCUCGGUCGACCAGCUCUCGGGCCCGAGGGACGACCUCGCACAGCUUUUCCGCAUCCUCGUCGCUCUCGCCCACUACUCGCAGCGCGCUCUUUCCCUCCCCUCGCACGCCAUCAUCACCGACCUCGACAAGGCGUCCUCCACACCGGUCCGCGCCUCUUACGAGACGUUCCCGCUGUCGCAGCUGGCCGCCUCGGGCAGCGACUCGCCGCUCAACGUGACGAUCGUCGAGCCGGCGUACGUCGAGCACGCGACGAGCUGGCUCCUCGGUCAGAGCGUCCUCGACACGGACGAGCGGCGCGAGGACGGCUGGUGGGAGCGACUGGGCAGGGCGGAGCGUGAGCGCAGGAUGGACUUGGCACUGAGCAUGACGAAGGUGUUCGACCUCGACAUGCGCCCGCACUUUACGUUCGCCGAGCUCCUCGCCAAGGUGCUCUCGGACCCUCUCUUCGCCUCGGCGUCGCACAUCCGCCUCGUCAACACCGAGUGGCCCGGCUUCGAGCACUGGCGACAUUGGCAGCUCCCUGCGACCGUGUCGCACGUCGGGACGUGCGCCCGGCUCGAGCUCAUGCCGUCGUGCGACGAGGUGUGUCGGUUCGACGGCGAGAAGCGGAUCCGGGUCGACGAGCCGUGGCCGAGUCUCGAGCAGGUCUUGGGGCUCGAGCAGCUCGAUGUAUAGCUGUCUGUCCGCUGUACAACGUCCGCAAUUCACACCCUCGCUCU